AUGAGAAAAUUAAAAAUUAGUUAUUUUUUUGAUAUUAUUCAUCCCCAAUCAUAUAUUGGAUAUCAAUUGCUAAAAAAAUCAACUUCUAUUCUUUCAAAUAAUUUUGAUGUUAAUGUUGAAUUUUUUCCUAUCUCUUCGAAAAGUUUUUUUCAAUCUAAAAAUAUAGUCAAUUAUGAAAAUAUUCCACAAAAUCAACGAAAUUUAUUAAACCAUGAAAUGGAAAAUAUAUGUAAACAUUAUUCAUUGGAUUGUGGAAAUAAUUUAAGUAUUGAUCGAACAUUUAGUAAUAGUUUUACUUCUAUUUUUUAUUUAUUAAUGAAUAAAAGAGAAUAUCCUCUUUAUUAUGUAAAACUUAUUGAGGCAUUUUUUGAAAAGACAUGGAAAAAUAGAAUUCAAAUAAAAAAUGGAUAUCAAUUUUUCAAGAUAUCUCUAGAAGUUGGAAUGCCAUUUGCUAAAGUUGAUGAUCUGGUUUCUAGAACAGAAAAUGAAAUAAAUAAAAAGGAAUAUAAAUCAUAUUAUCAAGAACUUAUACAAAUGGAUAACAAUCAUUUACCUAUAACAAAUUUUCAAUUUUUAGAUGAUCCUGAAAAAAAAAUGACAAUUGAUUCUGUUAUGAAAUUUGUAAUACUAUAUGAUAAAAUAGAAAAAGAUUCUUGUAGUUUAGAAAAAGUGAUAGAAGAAUAUUGCAAGUAUUAA